CAAUCAUUUCACAGAGCAGACGAACUCUCAAAAGGGCGGAUAACUCUAAUAUGAGUGAAUGAGCAGGGUGAAAACAAAAUGUUUGCUAACAAAGUUUGGAAAACGUUCGUCACAGGAACAAGAAGUCGAAGUCAGUUACAGUAUGUUGUGAGAGCCAUGUGUAGUGCACAGACUCCCAAGUUCGAGACUCUGAACGUCACCAGACCGCGGGACAUGGUGGUUCAGGUCGAGCUGAACAGACCUGAGAAGCGGAAUGCCAUGAACCAAGCUUUCUGGAGAGAGAUGGUCGAGUGCUUCAACUACGUAGCUGGGGACAGUGAGUGCCGUGCUGUUGUGCUGACCGGCGCCGGGAAGACCUUCACUGCAGGUCUGGACCUGGGAGACUUUGCUAGCAUGGACAUGAUGCAGUCUGAUGCUGAGGUGGGCAGGAAGGCCUUCAAGAUGCGCCAGGCUAUCCAAAGUUUCCAGGAAUCCUUCACUGUUAUUGAGAGGUGUACCAAGCCAGUGAUUGCAGCUAUGCAUGGUGCCAGUGUGGGUGCGGGUAUUGACAUGACGUCCGCCUGUGAUGUGCGAUACUGCACCAGCGAUGCAUGGUUUCAGAUUAAGGAGGUGGAUAUUGGCCUGGCGGCAGAUGUCGGAACGCUGCAAAGGUUCCCCAAGGUGGUGGGCAAUGACAGUCUGGUGAGGGAGCUGGUCUACACUGCCAGGAAGUUCUAUGCUGAUGAAGCUCUUGCCAUUGGCUAUGUCAGUCGCAUAUUCCCCAAUAAGAAAGUGAUGGUGGAAGGUGCCCUUGAUUUGGCCACGCUUAUUGCAAGCAAGAGUCCCAUAGCUGUACAGGGUUCCAAGGUCAGCCUGGUGUAUUCCCGGGAUCAUGGAGUGACAGAAGGCCUGGAACACAUCCGUGUAUGGAACCAAGGCAUGCUUCAGAGUGAAGAUUUAAUCAAAUCAGCCAUGGCAGCAAUGCAGAAACAAACCCCAACUUUCUCCAAACUUUGAUCUGUUGAUCAAGACAUUGACCUCAUAAUGACACUACAAUAAAGGUGCAGAAACAUCACGGAUUCAUGAAUCAGUGGAGGAUGAACUGUUGUACAGGAACAGGUCAUUGCACCAGACAAAAUAUGAAACGACUCGUAGAUUUCUCAAGUAAUAUGAAACAUAAAUCACAAGUGACCUGUUGGUACUUGUACAUGCCUGCCUCUGUAAUAUAAAUCAAGUUUUGGACAUGUUACAUCCCUGUUUGUUGGAAAUAAAAAGAUGCUUGUAGGGCAGCCCAGGGGAUCAUGUGUUCAUCCUGAAGCCUGGAUUCUCCCCUUGGUAUGAUGUGUAAAAGCCCUUGCUUCUUGUCAUUAAGUUGCAUAACUGGGGAAAGUGAAGACACAUAACCCACCAUGGAUUUUGUGGUGCUGCAUCUGGAGUCACCAUCAUGGAGUGUGGGCUUGUUGUUGUUGUAGUUGAUUGCAGAAGUUAGUCAGCAUUGCCAUGGCAUAUCCUUUAAAACGCAUUGUUUGAACAAAGGUUUGUGUUUCUCACCCGCUAUUAUAUAACCAUACAAAAGGAACAUUUAUAUCAUAUUUAUAUCCCGAUAUUCGUGUCAGUGGUUUUGAAAUGUUGAAUAUGAAUGUAAGUGGAUUGGUUUUCAAUAAAUUAUUUUUGUACAUA